AUGUCUCGUUCCACGGACAAGUUCCGGGCGAGAUGCGUCGUCGUCGUCGUGGCACUCGUGGCGGCUCUUCUUGCGGCCGACGCUGCCCUUUGCGCCGGCACACCCGAUGACGAGGUGACGAGGCAGCUGCUGCUCGCCGGCGACGCGGCGCUGCGGCAGGGGCGCAGCCACUACCAGGAGGCACUGGCGAAGUACACGGAGGCGCUCGCCCACAACCCCGGCAGCGUGCGCGGGCUGUACAGCCGCGCGGAGUUGCUGUCCAUGAUGCGGCAGCGGGAGGAGUGCAUGCACGACUUGGGCCUGCUGCUCCAGCGGGAUGAAAAGCACCACCGCGGUCUGGCCCUCCGCUCCGCGCUUAACGCACAGGCUGGCAAUCUGCAGGAGGCGAUUCGAGACGUAGAAAAGCUUGUCCCGCUCUACAAGGCAAUGAAGAAGCCCGCCAAGGUAGCGGAGUACGAAUUGAAGCUGCAGGAACUGCGCCACCACGCCGCUGCGUGGCUGCCUCUCCGGGCAAAACUUGAGGCGUUCAGACAUGCGGCAGACGCGCUGAGCGUCAAGGAACACCAGAAGUGUGUGGAAGUACUGCAUGAUAUGAUUCGCAAGUUUGCGAAGGACAAUGUAGGGCUACGACUGCAGCGCGCGGAGUGCGCACUGGCCUGCGGUGAUAACCAGGCAGCUUCAGAGGAGCUGAAGUACGUUGUGCAAAAGGAGCCGCAAAACUUGGAGGCGAUGGCGUUAGCCGCGCGCGCCUAUCGUGCGCUGGGGGCAACGGAACAGGCGCGGGCGGAGUUGCGGCGGUGCCUCGCGCUUGACCCGGAGUACGUCCCGUGCGCCCAGCUGCACAAACUGGUGCGGGGGCAGAUGCGGGUCACAAAGGCGGUCACGGCGGCACUCGACGCCAAGGACUACCGGCGGGCGCUGCGGCACAUUGAGGAGGCAGAAAAGCUGGAGGCAAACCCGCCGUACAAGGAGCAACUCCUCCUGUGGCGCUGCACCGUCGCCGUGGGGCUGCGCGACACGGUGACGGGUAACUCUGUCUGCGAGGAGGCGAUUGCGCUUCUGGGCGCCGAGAACCCGGCCUCGUUUGAGGUCCAUUUGCAGAAGGUGGAGCUCUACCUCAUGCAGGAAGACCUAAAAGGCGCCGAGCAGCAGCUGCAGCAGGCGCGGCGGCUCCAGCCGAAUAACGAGCGGGUGCAUGAAUACAUGCAGAGGAUAGAAAAACUCAAGCGCGUGGAGGGGAGGAAAGACUACUACAAGAUCCUAGGCAUUAAAAAGACGGCGGACGCCUCUGAGAUCCGGCGCGCCUAUCGCCACCUGGCCAAGACGCUGCAUCCCGACAAACUACUUUCGCAGAACCUCACAGCAGCGGAGCGGCAGAAGGCGGAUGAGCGUUUCCGCGACAUCAACGAGGCAAAGGAGAUCCUGCUUGACGAAAAGAAGCGGGAGAUAUACGAUAGUGGCGAGGACCCAAGGAAUCCAGCUGGGCAGGGCGGUGGGCAGCCGUUCUACGGCCAUCCGUUCACAUUCCAUGGCAACCCGUUUGGCCACGCUGGGGGCCAACAGUUCUUCUUUCGCUUUGACUGA